AUGAACAAUCCUGAUGCAGAAUCAGCGGAAGGAGGGGGCCUCCAUAAGACUGGGUCCUCUUCCACAACUUCAGAUAGAGCUAGCAGCAACAAAAACGACUUCAGUAUAGGGGAAGCUUCGUCCCCAAAGGCAGCAGAGUUGCUGGAAACCUCACCAGAUGCUAGUACUAGCAAGCUCGAUACUCUGGAGAAGAGCCGUACCAAUCCUAUUGCAGCAGCAUCAGCUUAUGAUCCAAAGGAUUACCUUAUCGAGACACAAGUUGCCACUGGUGGUAGUGGAGGUGGAAGACGUCUACGUUCUGAUGGUCCAUGGACUGUAUCAUUGGAGGUUCCCUAUGAUAAGGACCAUGCCACUACUGCUACUCUUACUGGAUUAACUGCUGGUGAACAGCUCCUUAUCCGUUAUAAGAUCGAGAUGGAAGAUGGUCGUGUUAGUAGCCCAUCAGUUGCCGUAAUGGAAGGCACUAAGGACCCUACCGCCCCGAGUGCUCCUGGUUUAAUGGCAUUCGAUACAUCUACUAGUAGUGUAUCAGUUAGUAUUGUACCUCCUACUGCCACUAAUGGUGCUGAUAUAACUGGUUAUGUUAUACAGCAUGCUUUGGUGAAUAGUGUUAAUGAUACCACUCCUGAUAGUCGCUGGAGUAAGGCUGAGAUAUCACAGGAUGAUGCUUCUAAGCCUUACACUGUGGACGGCCUCAGUUCGGGUAAUGUGGUCAUGUUCAAGAUUUCUGCCAAUAACAGUGCCGGAGAGAGUCCCUCUAGCAAGCCAUAUACUAUGACUACGGAUGAACCCAAUGCUUCGACACCCGAUAAGGUCACUGAUUUGACUGACACUGGUAGCACUUCCAACUCUGUAGCGUUGAACUGGACAGCCCCUGCUGACAACGGUGCUAUGAUAUUGAGGUAUAUCAUCAGUGAGGGUGAUAAUACCUAUACAGUUGAUGGUCAUGAUACAUCAUACACUGUAACGGGGCUUAGUCGUGGUAGCGAUUAUACAUUCUAUAUUGUGGCUAAGAACUCUCAAGGUGAAAGUCCAAAAUCAGAUGGAGUAUCAACUGCGACAACUGAGAGUUGUGAAGCCGAUCCUCCGAGUAAUGUUAUGUUACAGACGCCUUUCUCUGAUGGUGUAAGUGUAAGUUGGAGUAAAGCCAAUAAUCCUCAAUGUGAUCUACCAGUAACUGCCUAUCGUGUUAUUGAUGAUGAUGGUAAUGAACUAUGCCAAGUAGCAGCUAAUGAUGAUGAUGGUGCUCUAUGGUGUGAUGUUACCGGCCUACAGCCCAGUACUUCCUAUAAUAUCAGAGUACAAGCUAAGAACUCUGCUGCUGGAUGGUCUACUAAGUCUUCAUCACCUGUUAAGAUGUCUACUAUUGCUAGUGGUAAAUGCAACACUCGUAACGAAAUUCGCUGGUGGUUAUCUACUACCAACCCCAGCUAUGAUGGACAGGCAUUCACUAAGGAAAUCGAGACAUGCAGUAUCCAGAGCCUUGGUAAACCCGAUAAAGUGUCCAGCUGUCUAGUAGACUAUACAGAGGAUCCCUCCAAGACUUCUUUCAACCUUCCCCCGAUCACUAGCGAUUGUGGUAUGUGCUAUGGUGUCAACGCCAAGUGCUCUAUGUCGCAUUGCAGUUUCCCUUGUGGUAUGGGUACGGCUUCCAACUCGGCAGCCUGCAUUCAGUGUAAUAACCAGUACUGCAAGCCUGAUUUCUACUCUUGUGGAGGUUUGUAUACGGCCAUUGGACCCCCUGAUCCGCAGUAAUAAUGUCAGUAGUUCCUAUAUUAUAUGUAUCUUGCCAUUUGUGCUACUAUCCCCAUUGAUAGCGGUUCAUCACGUUUGUGAUGCAAUUUUCGCAAUACUAAUCUAGGCAGCCUAAGACGG